AUGGGGACAGGGCCACGCAGCCAGUCCCUGCGAGGACCACGACCCACCUACGGCAAGCUCCAGGAGCCCUGGGGGAAGCCUCUAGAGAGCCGACUACGCCGGGCGCUGAGCCUCAGACAGGGACGUGAGAAGUCCAGGCCCUCAGUCGGAGGCCCAGAAAGGCUGGACACGCCCGGUCAGGAGUGGCUGCCAGGGGGCCCAGAGGACACGGAGCAGCUGAUCCAAGCCCAGCAAGGAGACAGCCGGCGGUGGCUGAAGCAGUAUCAACAGGUGAGGAGCCGGUGGAAGAGCUUUGUGUCCAGCUUCCCCGGCGUGACCCUGAGCCGGUCAGCCUCCGCACAGCCCCCUCUGGGCACCACCAGCUAA